GCCGCGAGUACGCGGGUCGUAUCAGAAUCAUUCAGAGAAGCUGGGCGACCGCCAAUAACAAGACUGAAGAAGACGACUUCGAUCAGAAGGAAGGCCUGAUUGAGCACCAGCACGAAAAGGACAAGGAUGAAGCUGCACCGAAGAACGAGACAAAAGGUGCGGACAACGUUGCCGACAACGGCAUGGCUGCCAAUGCGGCCACAGGCAACAAUGCCACGAUGUCGGCGCUCCGGAGCUCAAUGGAAGCGCAGGGAAAGCUGAAGGGAAGCAACAUGAAGGUCCCCACAACCUUCAACGAGAUGUUCCUCUUCAAUGCUGCGGUGAUGGGAUUUGCUGAGAGCGGAUGGAUGAACUUGGUCUUGGAGCAGUUCGAUGCUAUUGUGACGAACGUCGCGAACUCCUACCGUCUUCAAGAGGAGUGCGAUGUCCUUUCUCUAGUCCUGUCCAAGUACCAGGGAGGUCACAUCGGCUUGCCAGAGUUCAAGGCCGUCAUGCUGGCUUCGCUCCGCUCGCUGGUCCCGAAGGACUGGGACUCUGAGCAUGAGGUGGCCUGGAAUUGGCUAUGGGAGAACGUGGAGCGCAUGCUGAGAAGCCACAUGGGCAAACCACAGGUUCACGAGAAGGCGAUCGAGCGCUUCAUCGUCGGCAUGUCGGAGGAGUCGAUUGGCUUCCUCCGCCGCGAGGUUUACAAGAGGUUCUUUCAGCUCGCCCCGGCUGGCCAAGACCAUUUCAAACAGUCAACGACAAGGCUGUUCUUCAUUGCGGACAAGAUCAUCGAAAUGACCGUUGAGAUGUACAAGCAGCCGAAACGGAUGGUGGAGGACAUCUCGGCUUUGGGGUUACGCCAUGUCGGCUACGCCAUCCCCACCGAGCUCUUCUCCCCCUUCGUGUCCGGUGCAGUGGAUGUGGUACGGCUCUUGACGACAGACGGCAACGCCGAGGAGGCCUUCCGCUGGUCGCUCACCUUGGUCUCCAAGAUCCUGGUCCGGACGAUCCUCGAAGGCUCCACUGUGGUGAUGAAAGCAGUGAACACCAACUCGGAGAAGUCCUUGCGCAAAGCCGUGUCGGUGGCGCCACGUGGGCGUCGUGCAACAGACCUGCUCAACAUUACCGUCGGAACUCAGUCGAUCUCGCCGCUGUACUGGUCCAUCGAGAGUGGCAGUCUCAAUUGUGCCAAGGCUAUGCUGGAGGACCUCCUGACGAUUCGGGCCGAUCGUGACAACUACUACUAUGGAUGCAAUGCGUUGUUCGAGCGGCAUCCGGAAGUCAUUCACCGUUUAUGUGCCGAUGCUCCAACCUUGUUGCCGACCUUGUUAGAUGGCAUGGUUUGGCGCUCCCGCAUUUCCACUGCAGGUCAACGGCGAGUGAACUAUUACAUUCAGCACCUCGUGCAGGAUCAAGAUGGUUACUUCAACCAGGCGCUUGAAUGGCUAGCUGACUUCAAGGAUCCCAAGAUCAUUUGCCACUCCGUGGUGGUGUUGUUCGCGGACAUCAUCUGGAGCCGGCUAGCGAUUUAUCUCUUCAUGAUGGGGAGAUGCUACUUCCUCUUCAUGCUUUGUCUCUUCAUCACCAGCCAGGCAAUCAUCCCCAGGCUACAGGAGGGUGGCAAGGCCACUGUGGAGGAGGACAUCGUCCUCUUUGUGUGCCGCACGCUCAUCUACUUGGGCUCCAUGUGCAAGCUGCUCGUUAGCCAGAUCCGGUUGCUGUGGGCGGACUGCAGAGCCAAAAACUUCACGAGGAUCAUGUGCAUACCGAUCCCCACCUACCUCUGCAGUUUCCAAGAGACAGGCAAUUUGGCUCUUGCGCUGACUCUGAUCGUGAUGUGCACGCAAGAGCCCAUCUUCUACUGCUUUGGAACGCCAGAGUUCGAGGAGACACUUUUUACACCGUACUGCCCGCAAUCGGCGGACAAGAAGGAGGUCUACUCGCUUUUCUCAGGUAUCGGCAUCUUGCUCUACUGGGCCUUGCUGAUGGACUUUACGAUUUUCUCGAUGCGAAUAUCUGCCUUUGUGCUGGUUUGCGGGCGCAUCCUUGUCGAAGUAGGCCUGUUCCUGAUGGCUGGAACCUUCUUUAUCCUCGCUUUUGCCACGGCGGUUGCCGCUCUGAGACAUCAGCUGGACGAUUUUUCAGGCAUCGACACAGGCAUGGUCUCGCUCAUGAGCAUGGCCCUGAACAUGUAUCCAAUGUCCGGGUACGUGGCGGUCAAGGAAGAGGGCUGGGUGCUUGGAGCCGUGUGCCUUUUCAUCAUCAUCGUCGUGAUCUUCCUCAUGAACCUUCUGAUUGCACAGCUGAACCAAGCCUAUCAGGCGGUGUACGAGGACAUGCAAGGCUAUGCACGCCUCAACCGCGCGUCGGUCAUAGUGACCACAAUAGAAGAGGUCAGCUCGAAACGUUGGAGUCGGUUUUUGAAGAGCCUGAACUUCGAGCAGCCCCUCGAGUUCCAGGAGGGCGACAUCGGCAUGGCAGGCGGCCUUCAGAUCUUGGAGCCUGCCAACGCGAAUCCGACGACAGUCGAUAGGAUCAAGCGCUAUGGUGGCUCGACAUCGCCGACGAUGCCGUGGCCAGAGGAAGAAGAGGAUGCAGAUGAGGAUCGAUACGAUCGCCUGGAGAAGCUGAUCAUCCGCACAACGAAGAGCAUCACGGGCAAGAAGAAGAAGAAAGGAGGUGGCACCGCCUCCUCCAUGGGAGCUUCCGGUGUGACAGGCGACUCGGCCGGCCGGAGUGGCUCGUCCGGAGGCUCAGCUAGCGAGCAAUGA